CGCCUUCGCCUUCCUUCGCCUUCGCCUUCGCCUUUGCCUUUGCCUUCGCCUUCGCCUUCGCCUUCGCCUUUGUUCGUCUCUUCGAAGCUCUUCUCGACUUCGACCGUUUGUCGCAGACGUUCUACGCACGGAGGAAUCGACAAUUUUCAUGAUUCCCUGAUUUCAAACCUAUUUACGGAUUGUAUUACUACUUUUCUAAGUUGAUACCUCUUGUAUAUCGAUAUCAAUCCGCGAAAAAACUGCUCGAGAGAAAUUGGGAACGGUGGAAAGCGCGGCAAUAUUUGAAACCCAAUAAUACAGGAUACGAUGAACUUUCUAUUUAUUUUGUACACGUAAUUAUCACCUUGUGACACAACGGUGUACACAUGUACAUAGUGGAUAAAACAAAUUGAAGAAUACGAUCUGUAUAUUAUGUAUCGAGGAGUAGUCUUCGAUUAAAAUACAAUGCAUAUUUAAUAUUUGACGAUGUUAACAAUGGCACAAUUCGACGAAAACGCAACUAUUGAAUGUUUACCUGUGGAUGUAUAUAAAGAUUUAAUUAAUGCACUCGACAAAGAUUCGGCAUGGAUAACAUUAGCGAACCAUGUAGCUGAACAACUUCAAUACCCAUGUGCUCUAUGGGUGCAGACUUUGAAGGAGACAAAAACACCGCACGAUACCCCAGGAGAAAGACUGCUUUUCGAAUUGAACAUUAAAAUGUGCACCGUUGAAAUCUUGCGUAUAUUAUUAGAUGACUGUGGACUUUAUAACGUUCUAUCUAUUAUAGCUGAUUCAGAACCUCUGCAAAUUAUUACACAUCCAACCGAAGGAAUAGGAACCGAUAUCUUAAAUAUAUCGUUCGGACAACAUCUUCGCUUGAUUUGUAAAGCAGUGGGAAUGCCACCUCCGAGUUAUUCGUGGUAUCAUGAAAGUAGGCAAUUGCAACGUUCCACCUCCCAGGAGCUAGAUAUUAUCGUCGAUAGUGUUUCCCAAGCAGGAGAAUAUCGAUGUAAAGUGUCUCAAAUUAAACACAACGGUAUUCUUGUAUCCACCUUGACUUCGAACGCUGUACGUGUACAAAUAUGUUCUGUACCUGUUAAGAUAGAAGAACAACCACAUCCAAUUUUGGAAGUCAAAGAGGGAGAAGACUUUACAAUAUACUGUAAAGCUGGAGGUAAUCCAGAGCCACGAUAUCAGUGGUUCCAAGACAACGCUAAAUUAGAAAGUGAAACUACUAACGUAUUGCAUAUAAAACAAUUUAGUUCUAAACACGAAGGAAAAUAUUAUUGUCAUAUUUAUAACGAUGUCAGCGAGAUUUAUACGGAUAGAUCUCUCGUUAUGACAUAUCUUCCGAGAUUGAAAACAGUUGCAAAAAGAGCAUUAAUUAUCGCAAAUGGGGACUAUUAUACCCAAGAACCCCUUUCAACCCCUGCAAACGAUGGUGCUUAUAUUGCCACUCUACUCAAAGAAAUCGGUUUCGAGGUGAUUUGUUUGAAGGAUUUAACGAUAGCUCAAAUGAAAAAUGCCAUACAAUUGUUUAGUAAACUAUUGGUUGGCGGUGCUUAUGGCUUGUUCUAUUAUGCCGGUCAUGGCUUCAAGAUGCAAGAAAGUUAUAUGCUUGCAGUAGAUGCUCCAGAAAUAUAUUUAAGAAAAAAUGCUAUAUGUGAAAGUGAACUAUUAGCAUCGUUUCUUCAAAAUGAUCCAGAAUUAUUAAUUGUUAUCUUGGACAUGUGCCAAGUAUCACCAUCGAAGGAAUUCAAUUCUGAGAUAUAUAAUGAAGUUCCGAUCGUGACUGAAUACAAGAGUAAGAAGAAUCUUCGAAAUUUACUUCAAGCAUAUUCCACGUCCGGUCAUAGACCCAGUUAUGAAAGAUUAAACAGUAAAUACGGUUUAUAUAUGACUCAUCUCGGUAAAUAUAUUACCAAGGACAUACCAAUUACAAAAUUAUUUGAAAAAGUCGGGAAAUCUAUAGAUAGUUGUUUCCAGGGUAUGGAACGCAAUCAAAUUCCAAUGUUUGCAUCUUCUAUUACAAAACCAUUUCGAUUGACCGAUGCUGUUCAUAAAAAUAAUCGUCCGCCAGACAUUAGUGAUUUCGAUAAACUUACACUACUUCCAACAACGACGUCCGAAGUCACUUUUCAAACAGCAAAUAUAUGCAUAAAAGUUACUGUAUCAUUCAUGGAGCCUUACUUGAAUGUAAUAAAAAUUCACUCAAUUAAUUCUCAACAUUUGCAAAUCAACUAUUUCAAUUCCGUUCCUGCGACACGGAACAAUUUGUAUCAAGAUCAAAAGAAAAAUGAAUGUUGGAUUCACAAUCCUCAAAUUAAUAAGGGGCCGCUAAUUAUUUCUAUAUCGAAACAUGGAACACAUCUUAGCGCAACAAAAUUGUAUCUACAAAAUUACAUACCCCCUUUACUGAAAUACAUAAACUCUUGACUGUACAUAUCACAAACACACAUGCAUAUGUAAUUAAAUGCAAUGAGAUAAAACUACUAAAUUUCUGAGUAGGUGCACACA